UAUUAGUCAAAAGCAAGCCGUCCGUCAAAUAGGCAGAAAAAGAAGAAGAAGACAAACCAAAAUUUAAACAAAUAUAUUAGUUUUUUUUCACAUUUCUCGUUCACAAUUUCCAACAAUUUCAUUGCAAAAUGGAAGUUGACGAGGAUGUGUCAUCAAUUUGUGAGUCUACGCUCUCACUGUCUGAAGGAUGUCGCCUGCCUGUUCGAAUGAAUGGAACCGACGAUUGGCCAUUAGCUGAAAUAAUCAGUAUUCGUGAAAUGCAGGGCCAAUUAGUGUUUUAUGUUCAUUAUGUGGAUUUUAACAAACGUCUUGACGAUUGGGUCACAGAAGAUUACCUAGACACACGAAAAGUGCAGUUCCCGCGAAAAGAUGGCACGGCAACGGGUCAAAAUACAGGAGUCACAACGCCGAAGCGAUUUAUAUCAAAUUCAAUGGGCCCAUUGGGCUUGAAUUCGACGACAUCGCGACCCACCAGUCCAAAGGCUGACAUCGAAAAUGAUUUGGUUAACGGAAAUACUGUGAUGGCGGCAGCACUUCAAAAGAAAAUCAACCGCAAACGAAAAAUGGAUGCCGCCGUUCCACCGUCACCAAUCACACCAACGGCAUUGACGCCGCGACAACAAUCGGCCAUCCUGAAAUCGACACCAUCCGUCGAAAAGAUAAACGCAUCGGAGCCAGUUUCUGUGCCAACGACACCAAGCGUCGGUGGUGAAGAUUCAAACGACGCUAGUCAAUCGGCAUCAACGCUAACCCCGCGACAAUCCGGCAGCAUGGUCACACACCAUGAUGAUGUAGUGACGCGAAUGAAAAACGUCGAAAUGAUCGAAUUAGGAAAGCAUCGAAUAAAACCGUGGUAUUUUGCGCCAUAUCCGCAGGAAAUGUGCGGCGAACCCUGUAUCUAUAUCUGUGAAUUUUGUUUAAAGUAUCGCAAGAGUCGAAAGUGUUUGGAACGUCAUUUAGUUAAAUGUAAUCUGCGUCACCCGCCCGGCAACGAAAUCUAUCGCAAGCAAACGAUUUCAUUUUUUGAAAUUGAUGGCCGCAAGAACAAAUGCUACGCACAAAAUCUCUGUUUACUCGCCAAAUUGUUCCUCGAUCACAAAACACUCUACUAUGAUACGGAUCCUUUCCUAUUUUACGUGAUGACUGAAUACGAUCCGCGCGGUUUUCACAUUGUCGGCUAUUUUUCAAAGGAGAAAGAAAGCACCGAAGAUUACAAUGUUGCUUGUAUUCUGACAAUGCCGCCAUACCAACGCAAAGGCUAUGGCAAAUUGCUUAUUGAAUUUAGUUACGAAUUGUCAAAAUUCGAAGGAAAAACGGGUUCGCCAGAAAAACCAUUAUCCGAUUUAGGAUUGUUGUCAUAUCGCUCAUAUUGGGCGCAAACUAUUUUAGAAAUAUUCCUUAGUCAAAAGCCAUCGGGCGACAGUGAACGUCCUCAGAUUACAAUCAAUGAGAUUUGCGAGUUAACAAGUAUCAAAAAAGAGGACGUGAUAUCAACGCUUCAGAAUUUAAAUCUAAUUAACUAUUACAAAGGUCAAUAUAUUAUUUGUAUAAGUAUGGAAACGAUAAAGCAACAUAAGAAAUCAAUGGAAAAUCGAAAAAUUCGCAUCGAUCCAAAGUGUCUGCACUGGACACCGAAGGAUUGGUCAAAACGAUCAAAAUGGUAAAUGACAUGAUGCAGACCGAAUAAACAAAGGAAUCAUUUGACGUUUACGUUGUGUACCACCGUUGAGUAUUUCCAAUUCAUAAAACUAAUUCUCAUCUCAUCGUUUAAUAUGACUUAAAAUUCCAUUAUUGAAAGAGAGAAAAAAAGGAUCAAAACAAAGUUCAAUUUUUUUUUUAAAUCUGCGUGUAUUAUCUCGUCUCUUCUUUUUCAGUAGUAAUAAUUUAUUAUUGAAAUGUGAACUUGGUGUUUUGCUUUACAUUUAAAACUCUUUACAAACAAAUAAAUAAGAAACAGAAUAAAAAAAAACAAACAAACAAUUUCAUGACUUUGCUACGCCGUUUACGAAGUACUACCGAUGAGCAGGAAUUCGAUUUAAUUCAAAGUAGAUAAUAAAUUUUUAGUAGAAACUGCAACUAAGACAAAACGUGAUUUCAACACACACACACAAACAAAACAAAUUACACAAAUAAAAAACAACAAAGUGAAAUGAAAAUAACCAACUGAAACUAUGUAGAUUUUUGAACCGAAUUGUAAUAGAUUUACAAAACAAAUCAAUGUGAAUAAAUGUUAUUUUCGAAAAA